AGCCGAAGAUGUCGGCUCGGUCAUGUGUUUAGCUGUGUCCAAUCACAGCUGAUCACAUGGGACAUGUACACUAAUCAUCAGGGCACUGAUGAUCAGUGUGCCCUGAUGAUCAGUGUAGCCCCAGCAGCGCCACCUGUCAGUGUCCAUCAGUGCCAGCUGUCAGUGCUCAUCAGUGCCUACCAGUGCACAUCAAUGCCACAUAUCAGUGCCCAUCUGAGCUGCCUUUCAGUGUCACCCAUCAGUGCCAGUCAGUGCCACCUAUCAAUGCCAAUCAGUGCCACCUAUCAGUGCUGCCGAUCAGUGCCACAUAUCAGUGCCAGACAGUGCCACCUAUCAGUGCCAAUCAGU